AUGGCUGGAGACCUGUACGGCGUCGACAAGUCGGCCGUCGACGACCUAAAGGCGCGCACCUUUGACGCCGGCGAGCCCGUCGACGCCGCCGACGCCGAGAAUCGCGAGAUGAAGGCGUACAAGAAGACCGAGGGGCGCGGACGGAGGAUCACGGAGCGGCAGCGCGGCCACAUCGUCUUUCUCAAGCGCAGGCAGCCCAAGCUCUCAGGCCCGCAGAUUCGCGAGCAGCUGCCGGAACCCGUGGCCAACCAAGAGAUCCAGCGCAUCCUACCGUACGCCGGCAUCGACACAAACGACGGCAGAAGAAGCCCAAGCACCGCAGCCACGGCCUCUGGCUGCCGGUCGAAGAGGUCGAAGGGCCCAGCAAGCGCCGCAUGA